GUAUGCGCUCACCAGCGAGGCGAUAGGUGCAGUUACGGGCGGCAGCGGACACAUCAAGCCUGCAAGCCCUAGGAUAUAUAGAUUGGUCAGCAUGAAUGCCACUGCUGCAGGAUGCACCACGUACAGAUAUCAAGAACCUUGCAGAGCUACUGCCAUGGCGUGAUAGUCCGGCCGAAGAGGUAGCGAUGGCGAGUAUGGAGUUGCGCUUGUCCCAACGUUGGAGCCGCUACGCUAUUUCUAACCUUUUUGCAUGUUGGCAUCUGUCUCUUUCAGUUGACAUGCGGCCAGUACCUGUCAUAACCCUCCAAACUCACGCUGUCGAGAUGAAGAUUCUGGUUGAAAUGCCAGGAAAGAUCAUGGUUAUCUCGCUGGUCUGGAUGUUCCUUCUCCUCCUCUGUAAUCUAUCGCACUAG